AUGAAUGAGAACGAACGAGACACACUCUCUCAAAGUUAUUCAGGGCGUGACUUGACGAUGAAGUUCUGGCGACUGAUUGGGUUCAUCACGACUAGAAGACCGGCGGUUCUUGGCCACGCUUGGAAUAUCUCUUCAAUCGCAGCCCAUUAUGCCUUGUUAGAAACAGUUCCCGAUGUAGUGCAUGUGUGUUACAACAACCGAUUAUAG